AUCCGGCUGCUGCGUUCAGGGACACUUCCUGAACUCGAAAAACGUCAAAGUAAACUUCUGAUAUAUUACUUACCAUGGUACUAACCCAUGGUAUAAAAAAAAAAAAAAUACAUAUCAAUCAAAUAAUGUAUGAAAAAGUAAAUAAAAAAAAAGACACAAGGUAUAUAAACAUAAUAAAUGACAUCAAUAAGUCAAUAUAACUUAAUCAGGGGCUACGGAAAAUACAUCUUUUUUCUUCUUUUUUCUUUGUACAAUAUAGCAGUUUGCAUUCACUGUGUUAAUGUAUCAAUUCACAAAUUGAAAUCAACCAGAAAAAUGUUAAGAUCUUGGAAUGACUUAGAGAAAACUUGCCUUGCGUAUGUGAAAUGUACCUACUACAACGUAUACGAUUUGUCAUGUAACUCAAAGGUUUAAUUCGAAUUUAGCAAAAGUGUCCGGUCUUGUUAUAAACACAUUUCUGUAGUCUCUCCAAAACACAGCGUUCAAAGCAUAUACUGUAUAUACAAUAUGUUUAUAUGUAUAUUUGAAAGUACUAGUACUUGAAGGCAUCACGUAAGCAUGGCGAAGAUGUCGGGUACCGAUGACGCACUAAACCUUCGACGGUCGUUGAUGAGUCGUGUGUUUACAUUAUUGUUUUCAUGUUUGUGUCUCAACGAGAAGCGUUUAAUAGUAGAAACGGGACUAGAUGUAACCGUUACUAAUAGAUUCCAUCAGUGGUAACGGUAACGGUCAGCAGCGGGAUGGACUUCUGUCGGAAACAAGUCAAGUCCGACUGUGAGGAGCUGCUCGGCCGCUUCCAGACCACCGACUCAGUCCGCUUCGAGAUCUUCUCCAAAAUAUGGAGGGAAAUGAAUUUCUCACAGAUUUUCUACGGCACGGUGAAUCAUGAGAAGCGGGCGUUCAGCCGUCUGAUUCUGGACACGGCCUACAGCUUCUUCCUGCCUCCGUUCAGCUUCCAGAUCAGAGUGGGGGGGCUCUACCUGCUGUACAGCCUUUAUCACUGUCAGAGAGCCUCGCCCCCAGAGCAGAUCCGUCUGGCGCUGAAGAACUGGGAGGACGUGAAGAAGUUUGAGAAGGACGCUGUGGACGCUCAGCACCUCGACGUCAUUUACAUCCUCCGCCAGCUGAUGCUCCGCAAAGCUUUCAACUUCACCGCCAUGCCCACUGUGCUGGUCUUCAACAAGAAGAGGAAGAUGGAGCGGGCAGCGCUCUGCGAGGCAUUCAUGGAGCGUGCGUCUCGUCCACAGGAGCUGAUCAACAUCGAGCUGCUGGAGGAAUUGUCCAACGUUGAUGAUCACUAUGGAAAGCUGAAGACGUCCGUCGGUCUGCAGGAGGAUCCGUCCAUCAACCUGAUCCGAAAAGAGCUGGUCCCUGAGCUCCGCAGUACUGUGGUGGACUUCUACAAGUGGCAACAAAAGAAGGGCGGGGCUGGUGGACAUGAAGAUGAAGACAGCGGUGAGGGAACGUCCUCUCAGCAGGAGUGCUCUAAAAGAGCCCAGCUCAUCUCCUCCAUCAAAUCCAAGGCUUACGGAGAGGCAGCAGAGGCCUCCAAGUCCCGCCGUCAUCGUCAGGUGGAGGUGGAUUACACCAGUUACGAGGCGGGACCCUCCCUCGCGUCCGGUUACAGCAGAACCAACAAGCCGUCACUCAAAGCCAGAACCAAUGAGAACGUACAUGUCUCAGGUGACUUGUGGGAAGAAGCCACUAGGACAACUCACAUCAACCGUCUCACCACACUGGACUUAGUCCCUGAAGAAAAACCCAAAACGUACAAACGAUUCAAGUGGUGAUGAAGACGACGCGGGGGUCAGCAUGCAUCCUGACUGCAGCUGCUGUUCACUAGAUCUCAAGUUGGUUUUAAAAUGUUGAUAUGGUUUUGUCAUUGUCACGAGUUUCCUAUCCUCUUGAAUGUUCUCGAUCUUGGAAAAUGGGAAUGUUUUUACAUUUGAAAGUGUUUUAACUUUAACUUAUUUUCUGAUGAACUUUUUUUUUCCACAAUGUCUAAAACGUAAACAUACAAACGUGUCAGUUAGAGACAGAAUAUUGUUCUUAAAUGUGGCGUUUGGUUAAAUGUAAACACCCUGAGAAACUCCUGAGAGCUGAGAAGAUUCCCAGUUUCCUUUUUGUGGUUUGACAGCCAUCCCUUGGUGAUCUGCUAUCCCCGCGAUCUGCCUCGCUCAGUCAGUUUAGUCACAGACAUGAUGUCACCCUUUGCCUUAUACAUGUUGGGCAGCAUACCUUGUGACUGUAUACAACGUUCAGGUGAAUUACUUUAAACAUUUCUUCAUGAAGUUCAUCAAGUUUUACUUUUAUAUAAAAGCAAUUUCUUUUUUAUAAAUGCUA